AAUCUCUUCGAUUAAGAGGUUUGUAUCAGUUCCUCUUAAUUUCUCCGUUUAAGCAAAAACCCAGCUAUUGUUUCUUCUUUUUAAAGGAACAUCCUUUGGUGUUGUGUUAGAAGAAACUGGGGGAACUAUCGGAGAGAAUUUUGAUUUUUCUGGGUUGUUUCAAUUUUGGGUUUUCUUUGUUGGGUGUUUGGGAUUAUGAGGAAUAGUGGAGAUGGACAGGGGCAAACUAAAACGCAAGGUGGUGGCGUCGUUUCCAAGUCAGCUUGGAGUUCAUUGCGUGCAAUUUCCAGUUACUUAAGGAUUGUUUCUUCCGGGGCUUCCACUGUGGCGCGGUCGGCGGUGUCCGUGGCAUCAUCGAUCGUGGACAGGGAAGAUGAUUCUGUGUAUGAUCAGGUUAAUUGGGCUGGCUUUGACAAGUUAGAAGGUGAGAAAGAUGUCACUCGAAAAGUUCUCCUGCUUGGUUAUCGAUCUGGUUUCCAGAUUUGGGAUGUUGAAGAAGCAGAUAAUGUCCUUGGCUUGGUUUCAAGGCGUGAUGGUCCUGUUUCAUUUAUGCAAAUGCUACCAAAACCAGUAGCAGCGAAGAGAUCAGAAGACAAGUUUGCAAACAGCCGUCCCCUUUUGGUAGUUUGUUCCGAUGGGUCCCUUUAUGGGGGCACUAACAUUCAGGUUCAUUCUUGCAAUGGAAGCAUCCCACACAGCAAUGAUUCAGGGAAUGGUAGCACUGCCCCUGCCAUUGUCCAAUUUUAUUCGUUGAGAUCCCAAUCUUAUAUACAUGAGCUAAAGUUUAGAUCAGUUGUUUAUUCUGUAAGGUGCAGUUCUCGAAUUGUUGCUAUAGCUCAAGCAGCUCAGAUCCAUUGUUUUGAUGCCACAACAUUAGAAAAAGAAUAUACCAUUGUUACAAACCCUAUAGUCACAUCCUGCCCUGGUUCCGGAUCUGUAGGUUUUGGACCUUUGGCAGUUGGUCCUAGGUGGCUGGCUUAUAGCGGAAGUCCAGUUGUAGGUUCCAAUUGUGGACAUGUCAGUCCACAGCAUCUUAUGCCUUCUGCAAGUUUCUCUGGUUUUUCUUCAAAUGGUAGCCUGGUCGCGCAUUAUGCAAAAGAAUCCAGCAAGCAACUUGCUGCUGGGAUUGUGACCUUAGGAGACAUGGGAUAUAAGAAACUGUCGAAAUAUCUGCCGGACUCGUACAGUUCUCUGCAAUCAGGAAAUCCUGGCUGGAAAGGGAAUGAAAAUGUCAAUGGUCAUGUUCUCGAUACCGAUUACAUGGGAAUGGUUAUUGUCAGAGAUAUUGUCAGCAAGGUUGUUAUUGCUCAGUUUAGGGCACACAAGAGCCCCAUUUCAGCAUUAUGCUUUGAUCCCAGUGGUACUCUUCUUGUGACAGCUUCAGUUCAGGGUCAUAAUAUCAACGUUUUCAAGAUUAUGCCUGUACUUCAAGGAAGCACAUCUGCAUGUGAUGUAUCAGCAUCAUAUUCACAUCUCUACAGACUGCAGCGUGGUUUUACAAAUGCUGUAAUACAGGAUAUUAGUUUCAGUGAUGAUAGCAACUGGAUUAUGAUUAGUUCUUCAAGAGGGACAAGCCAUCUAUUUGCUAUCAAUUCAAUGGGUGGAUCUGUAAGUUUUCAGUCUGCUGAUGCUGGUUUUGCUACUAAAAAUAGCGGUUUGGGUGUUAUGACUAAGCCACAAGUUCAUUGGCCUCCUAAUAUAGGAGUGCAAACACCUAGACAAACAAGUCUUUGUGCUUCUGGACCUCCAGUGACACUUUCUGUUGUUAGCAGAAUAAGGAACGGAAAUAAUGGUUGGAGAGGCGCUGUAAGUGGUGCUGCUACGGCUGCAACUGGAAGGAUGGGUUCCCUUUCAGGGGCAAUUGCUUCCUCUUUCCAUAACUGCAAAUGCAAUAAUCUUGUGUUUGCCGAGAGCAGCUCUUUGAAGACAAAAUAUCAGCUUCUGGUUUUCUCUCCUUCUGGAUGUAUGACACAGUAUGCUUUACGACCAUCUCCUGACCAGGAUCCAACACCAGUUGUUUCUGGAUUAAACUCAGCAUUUGAAUCAUCUGCAGAAUCUGAUGGAAGGUUAGUAGUUGAGGCAAUGCAGAAAUGGAAUAUUUGUCAGAAACAAACCCGAAUGGAACUAGAAGAUAAUAUAGACAUAUAUGGAGAGAAUGGAGCAUCAGAAACUGGUAAAGUAUAUCCAGAAGAUAUCAAAGAGGGAACUACAUUCCCUGACCCAUCCACAAUUGACAAAGCAGAUACCAACCCCGAGGAAGAGCAUAAUUUGUAUAUUUCAGAAGCUGAACUACAGAUGCAUCAAGCUCAGGCACCAUUGUGGGCAAAACCAGAGUUAUACUUUCAAUCAAUGGUGAUGGAUGGCAUCAACAUGGCUGAAGAAAAUUCUUCUGUUGGGGAAAUAGAAAUUGAAAAUUUGCCAACUCACAUGAUUGGAGCACGGAAGAAAAGCUUAGUUCCAGUUUUUGAUUACCUUCAAACUUCUAAAUUCCAGCAAGCAAGGAUUCCAACUGUAAAUAGCAAUAGCAAUGGAUACCUGCUGCAUCAAAGGUCUGGUGUAUCUGAAAAUGGCCGGCUUUCAUGUAGAAGUAGCUCUGGCUCUCUUAUCUCUAUGACUGGAAAUGGUGCUAUGCUUGCUGAACUUCAAAAUGGCAUCAAGGAAACUAGAUUAAAUGGUCCUCAGAUGCCUUUAGGAACCAAGGGCUGUGUAAAUAAAAGUGACAGCCUUAAAACCAACUCCCAGGUUGAUAUUGUAAAUAAUAGUGAGAACUCAAGAAUGGAAGCUGAACUCAAGUUUGUAAAUAAUUACAGUGAAGACCUCCAGAUGGGGAAUCUUUUUGAAGAAGAUGAAGGUGAUGAGUAUGACCAGAGGUGUGCAUUUAUCAUUUGAUUCUCCAGAGACUGAUUAACAUUGUUUCAUAGUAUGGUUUUAAUACCAUGUUUAGCAAUGUAAACAAGACAGAAAGGGUGCUUUGACAGUGAAUUGUUUAAUACUAUGUUGGGUUUUUUCAUAGGUUUACUCUGUAAAUUACAGUCAGUGAAUUUCACAAUAGUUGUGAUCUGUAAAUAAUAGAAUUACAAACACCAACUCUUUUAUUCUAUUAAUUUAAAAAGCUUAUUUGUUAUCAUUCAA